CUAAAAACCCUAAAUGUAUCGAACUAGUCGGGGAGAGAGAAAAAGGUGGCGGCUAGACAUUUUUCUCCGACCACGAGCAGCGUCCGGCAAAACCUUCUUCUCCGACCACGGGACGAGCCAUUAGCGUCGGGGAGAGAGAAAGUGUUGGGCGAGACGUUCUUCUCCUACCACAGCAACCAGCCAUCGUUGAUCAUUCCGAGCCAUGAGAUUUGAAAGGGUUCUCAGGAGAAAUUGUGGUGUGGGGCUAAAAGGUUUUGUAUUUGUUCUUUCAAUUUUAGAGAGAGAAAGCGCCGACUUGAUAGAGAGAGAGAGAGAGAGGAGACUGUUAGUGUACUGUAGUUGAGUGUGGUGACAGUUGGGCCAUUUAGACCAAGAUAUUUUGUUGAAUCAGAUUUUGGGAUGGCUUUAGUGGUUGAAAUUUGAAUGAAUGAUUUCAUAGAGCAGGGCUACCUGGUCAAAAUUCUUAGCCAUGGAGGUUAAGACCUUAAUAAGAGAAAGAGAAGGGCCAAUUAGAAUUGAGGAAGAGUGAGCAUUUGCAUUAAGGAGGAUCUCAACUGAAGGUUUUGCAGAACCAAAUGGCACUCAUGAGCAUUGGGCGCUAUCGAUGGCUGGUUACCGUGGUCGGAGAAGAAGGUCUUGCCCGACACUUUCUCUCUCCCCGGCGAUAAUGGCUCGUCCCGUGGUCGGAGAAGAAGGUCUUGCCGGAUGCUGCUCGUGGUCGAAGAAGAACCAGCCGCCACCUUUUUCUCUCUCCCCGACUAGUUCCAUAGAUCUAGGGUUUUUAGUUUUUGUUUUGUACAAAAUUUAUUUUUUAUCUAAAAUUACUUAGAAUUUUGUUAAUAUUUAAGAUUAAUUGUUUUUUAUUUUGUAUUAAUUGUUUUAUUUCAAAUUUUAUUAUAAAUUUAUUUAAUUAAUUUUUGAAAUUUUUACAUGAAAAAUCCUUUUUGCACAAUUUAUUACAAAAAUACUCCUACACGCCUAUAUCAACUUUUUUACUUACAAUGUUGGUUUUAUUACACAAAUACCACUUAGUCAUCAUUUCAUGCACAUACACGUGUGCUUUCCCCAUCCAUCAUCAAUCAAAUCCUACUCUCUUCCCUCUCUUUUUUCAUUUUCUUUUCAUUUCAUUUUUCGAUUUUUCAUUUCUGUUUCUAACUUCAUUUGAAUACAAGUAACCUCCCUUCAUAAGAUUAACCACCCAUUAUUGAUCACGUUUUUCCCUCUUCUUUUUUGUUCAUCCACGUAAUUUCAACUCCCUCUAAGCCCACGAUUUGUCAACUGUUUUUCCCUCUCUGUUUCAGUUUUUUUCAAUUUUAUUUAUAAGAUGGCAAUCACUCAUUCAUCAUCAUCCCCUUCUCUAGUUCUCAAACAAAAAUCAAAAAUGGGCAAGAAAUCUUUGGCCAACAAAUCCAAGGGUAAACGCCCGAUCAUUGAAGAUUAUGAUUCUGAUUUUGAAGCUCCAAUGCCCAAGCGUGGGAGACCCCAUUCUUCGAAGAAAACGAAGCUUAACUUGGAGGAGCACACGGUUCCAGAAAUUUCUGGGAAAAAAAAUCUUGCAUCUGCUGAAGAUCGAACUCAGGUUGGUUUUUAGUUUCAUUAUCGUUUCCCCCUUUUCCUUCAUUUACACUUUACCCAGAUUUUUGCGUUUUUAUGUUCAUUCUGCUUUGUGUAAUUUUAGGGUUUCAUUUGCACAUUUCGUUUCAUGUUUUUAAAUUUUUUAGUUAUUUAUUGUUGGUUUUGAACAUUUCAUUUGGUUCUUCUCUGGGUGUUGUUCUUUAAUUUGGUUUUGUUUUCUUUAUUUUCAGUGUUUUUUUGUGCUUACAGGUUAUGUGUUUUGUUUUCGUUUUUAGUGUUUUCAAUCAGUCAUUUGUAGUUUCUUAUAAGUUUUUUAAUAGUUUGAUAAUGGUAUGUUUGAUGUGUUUUCGAUUUUCAUUAGGUUUAGUUGUUUGCUGUUAUAUUUUAGGUUUCAAAACGAUUUUCAAAUCUUUGCUCUAUAUUUUUCUAUAGUUGUAUCUGUUUUGUAGUUUGUUUGUUGUUUGUAUAUAGUUUUAUUGUUCUUUUCAUACUGUAUUUUUCGAUUUCCUUUAGGGUUUGUUGUUUUCUGUUUUUUUUACGUUUCAAAACGAUUUCAGGUCUUUACUGUUUUUUUCUGUGUAGUUGUAUGUUAUUGGUAGUUUGUUUGUAGUUUGUUUAUAGUUGUAUUUCAGUUUUUAUACUGUUUUAUUCACAAUUUAUAAUUUAUUGUGGCCAUUUUUGUUAUGUUGCAAGUUUGGGACUACAAAUUUAGUCCUUCUGAUUUUUAUAGAUCUAAGUGUGUAUGCACCAGUGUUUAUUCCGUGAUAGAUAAUAUUAAGAACACUUUAUCUGUUAAUUUGCUUUCUUUGUUUCGUCAAACUCAGUUUGGGCAUUUUCUGGAUAUGCCUGAGUUUGUUUUUCAUCCGCAAGUCGUACAUAGUUUAUUACUAAGGGAAGUUUUCCAGCCCAAUCCUAAAGAGUUUUGGGCUAAGGUUGCUGGCCGUUGCAUACGGUUUAGUGCCGAAGAAUUAUACUUGAUUUCUGGAUUAGAUUGUUUCGGUGAUUGCAACAAGUUGUUGUUUUCACAGGAAACAAAUCAAUUGGUAGAAACAUGUUUCCGUGGUGUAAAAACUAUUGACCACAAAGCCAUCGAGGAUGCUUUUUUGGGUAGUCGGUGGGGUUUGGAUGAGUCUCUUGGUUUGAAAAUGGCUGUUUUGUAUUUCAUUCAGUGUUUUCUUCUUAGCAAUACUCCUGACAAAGAAGUGUCUAGGUUUGAUCUAGAUGUAGUGGAUAGCGGUCGGUGGGACGAGUAUUGUUGGGGUAGGAAAUCAUUCGAAUUGACAAUUGACUCAUUCAAAGGUAGGAUCCAGCAUGGGAUUAUUAUGAAAAAUAGGAAGGCAGAGAAGGGAGGCCAAUAUGAUGGCUGGUAUAGGGCAUUGGGAUGUCCUUGGGUUUUCACGGUUUGGUUUUAUGAAUGCUGUCCUGCAAUGGUGAGCUCUUUCUGUAAGAGAGUUUUAUCUUCUAUUCCAAGGAUUCUGAACUGGAGCAACACCAUCGUCACCAAAAAUCCAACUCUUCGAGACUUGAAGGGCAAGAUUUUUGAUUUACCUUUGGACAAUGUAAUUUACAGUUUCUUUUCAGUUUUAUUUAUGUUGUUAAUUUUUAGUUUUUCCAAUUGUUUUAAUUUUUUUCAUAUUAUGUUUGAUUAUGCUAUUCAGUUGAAGAUAAAAAACAUGCGUCCUACUGAUGAAGAGAGGCAGCAGCUUCAACUUGACGGUUUAUUUCUCGAUGAAUCUAUUGAUGACCGUGGUGUAGCGAAGCAAUCCUUUGAGGCACAUCCCAAGUUGUGUGAUUGUGUACCGGAUAUGUUGAGCCGCUGUAUGUUUCAAGCCAUGUUCGCGUGGUGUAAUAACCUGAACAGUAGUUGUAAACAUUCAAGUUCAUCUCUUUUAUAACAGCAAGCGCAUGAGCACACGGUAACUCAUCAAGUUGGAAUCUGUUGCAACUGCAUGUUUUCUCCUUGAGGUUGAUGACCCAUGAUCUGGUUAGUUCAACGACUUCGAACAUGGUCUCGUUUAUUGGUUUUACCUGCGGAUUAAGUGUAAAACUGUUAAUAUGUAUAACAACGGCAAACAAACUAUUAAGAAACUAUAAUGCAACUAAAAUAUUAAACAUUUCAUUACAUUUUCUGUCAAUGAGUCCACAAAGUUAUCGACUAAUUUCUUCUCUGCUGUAGGUGUUAAAAAUGUUGUUGUUUUCUGUGCUUUUUUCCUGUUUGUGUAUGUCCAUUGUUGAAUCAAUGCUCUCAAUGACUCCAUCAGUGUUGUGAUUGGUAGCUCUCUAGCUGCCAAGUUUGCUGCAUUUAGAGAUUCAGCAAUGUUUGAAGUCAUAGUUGAAUACCUGUUGUUUUUGCAGUGGUAUCUUGACCAUUUGUGGUAUCCAACUUGUUGUAAAUAUGGUCUUACACGGAUGUCCAAGCUGUCCAACUCGCUCAUAUGGUAUUCAAAUUUCCUCUCUGUGUAUGCUCUGGUACGGCGAAGAAUGGUUUAUCCAGCUUGCUUGCAUUCUUCUUGAAGGUUGCUUUUAGGUUGCUUAACAGGUGGUAUACACAAUAGCAAUGUGUGAUUUCUGGAAAUACUUGACAAGCUGCCUUACUUAUGCUCUCAUGUCUAUCUGAGAUCAAGCACUGUUCCUCUCUAAUCCCAUAUGUUUCUCUCACUUUUGUGAAAAACCAUUGCCAUGAG